AUGCCAGCUCCAUUGUAUUUAUCCGGUCCUUGUGUGAUAUGUGAUCAACCAUCUCAUGGCCGUCAUUUUGGAGUGCUCAGCUGCAGAGCAUGUGCCGCUUUUUUCAGAAGAGCCUUGAGGCGCAGUGCGAAAUCGCAGGACAUGGUGUGUGAACGAGAAAAUUGUUCGUUGGAGGAUGGAAUACAAUAUUGUAAAAUUUGCCGAUUGAAAAAGUGCUUCAACGCUGGGAUGGAUCCUAAUAAAUUCCAAACUAGCCGUGAUCUCAUUUCCUCCUCAUCACAAAGUUCCGAUUUACCCAGUGUCAGCCCUUCACAGAGCCUGGCAAGCAUCCUCGGGCGGCCUGAACUAAUUCUGUUUUGCAGUCUGGAUAGAGCAUCUCCGUCAAGAAUGAUUGUCGAUGUCUCUUAUCUCAUUGAUAAAGCGGUUAACAUUUUUGAAACCCCAUCGUAUCUUCCGUCUUCUUGCCAAUUUGAAAACAGUUUGGAGAAGAUGACUUUUAAAGUGGAGGAAUUGAAUUCAAAACGAAAAAUUCCCAAUAUACAGUUCCAAACAUCUAUCAUCAAAUCAGUGGUAACACAAUUCUGGGAGGAUUCGUUCUUGAAAACUGCUCAGUGGUUCUCGACGUGUGCAGAAUUUCGAGAACUGAACAUGAAAAUCAAAACUGACAUACUCAAAUCCGCGUGGGGCCUCUGGAUCCGUCUGGAAAAAAUGUCUGAAACUUCGGCGCAACGGAGGAAAUAAAACUUUGGCACCGAUGUAUUAAUGGUCGGCGAGGGGAAGUGUAUGAAUAUUAAUGAUUUCGACGUUGAUAUUUCCUUCUGCACACACCACUCAAUGGAUCAGUUGAAGCCAUUUCUCCUUGCCGGGAUCAGUAGUUGGACGGCUAUUAUAGAUGCUCUGAUUCUAUUGGUACCAACAAAUGUUGAGCUCAACUACAUGUUUAUUCAACUGUGCUUAAAGCCUAUGCUAAGAAAAGUUGAAGGCCAGGACCUGGAAAUCAUUGAAAAAAUACUUCAAGUUCAAGCAGACAAUCUCCAUAACUACUACAUGAACAGAAUGCGAACCCCUCACUAUUCGGACCGCUUGACGAAAAUGAUGAAAAUUGUUCGAUUGCUGGAAGCCCACAUUCGGGAGCUGAAAGAAAAAGCUCACAUUGCAAAAGUGUUUGACGUAUUUUCAAUCGAGUUCUCGCAUCCGGAAAUGUUUGAAUACUUUUAA